AUGCUUGGAUCUGGCACCAAGAUUGGGAAACCUGCUGCUGUGUUUGCUUCCAAAAACACUACUCUGGUUUCUCGGUCUACACGGUCUGGCUCUUCUACCAUUCUUCCUCGUCGCCUGACUUCUGUAGAAAAAGACAAACUGAAGUGUGAUCACCAUGGUGUAAAGAGACAUACUAUCGCCACUUGCUGGGCAUUUCAUAGGUUACCAAAUUGGGAGAAGGAACGAAGGCAUUUAAAAAGGGAACAAUUAGGUGGCAAAGCUACUGUAGCUGCUACCUCCACUUCUGUGGUUGAUGUCAUCACUAGGCACGACCACCUUACCGCUACUCCUACUCCGAUCGUGACCGCAGUCUCAAGCACUCCAACACCUCUUGCACCUAUGCCGCCUCUAGGUAACUUUGGCAGGACUUUCCAUGACCAUGAUACACGUGAUACAUGUUGGAUUAUUAAUUCAGGAGCUACUAACCAUAUGACAAAUAAGUUUCUUUUAUUCUUUACUACUCUUCUGCCUAAUCGUGAUCAUGUUCUGAUUGCUAAUAAUGUUGCUGCUCCUGUCAUGAGGGUUGGUUCUGUUCUCUUAACACAUGCUUUACAAUUAGACAAAGUGUUACUGGUUCCAUUUUUGUCUAGUAAUUUAUUACCUGUGCCACAAGUUACUGAGGAGUUAAACUAUGUUGUACUGAUGUAUAUGUCGUUUGUCUUACUAGAGGAUAUAUCCAGACUUGGGAGAUCUUUGGUCGUGGUACUAAAAAUGAGGCUUUAUAAUGUGGAUGACGUGACAACUAGUCUGGUUUUUCUUGCUAGUCCCUCUGAAACUUCUCAUCAUCGCGGAUUUGGUUGCUACAUUGCCGAUUUGAUCCUUGCUGCUACCCGUGCUUUGUUGCUUGGUGCGUCAGUUCCAAAGAGGUUCUGGAUGGAUGCUGUUACUUAUGUAGUUUAUCUCUUGAAUCGUCUACCUUCAUGA